AUGAAGGGAUUUUUUAUUUUGGGUUGUCUUCUGUUGUUACAGACAGUCGCAUUUACAAUUUUUGAUGAUCGUUGGGAUGAUAUUUGGUCACGAGUGACUAGUUUCCCUAGAAAUAGACAUCAGUCUAUUGACAGAAAGGUUGGAACUGAUGAUUUCGAGCAUAUAGAAUCUGUCUAUGAUGAGGAUUAUAAGCUAAGGAUUAGAGCGGUUGAUCCUUUGAAGUUGAAUAUAGAUACAGUCAAACAGUGGUCUGGUUAUUUGGAUUACAAGAAAUCUAAACUUUUUUUUUAUUGGUAUUUUGAAAGUAGGAACGAUCCUGUGAACGACCCUGUUAUCCUAUGGUUGAAUGGUGGGCCUGGCUGUUCCUCUUUUACUGGAUUGUUGUUUGAAUUGGGUCCUUCUUCUCUAGGUCCGGAUCUAAAACCAAUUCAUAACCCUUAUUCAUGGAACAAUAAUGCUUCAGUAAUAUUUUUGGAACAGCCAUUGGGGGUAGGUUUCUCAUAUGGUGAUUCCAAAGUGUCAUCUACACAUGCCGCCGGUAAAGAUGUUUACAUAUUCUUAGAAUUGUUCUUCAAUAAAUUCCCAGAACUAAGGAAAAAUGGUUUCCAUAUCGCAGGUGAAUCGUAUGCUGGUCAUUAUAUCCCACAGAUUGCCCAUGAAAUUGUAUUCAAGAAUCCAAAGAGAACAUUUAAUCUCUCUUCAAUAUUAAUAGGUAAUGGUAUAACAGAUUCAUUGGUUCAAACUCCGCAAUAUGCCCCAAUGGCUUGUGGUAAAGGUGGUUAUCCACAAGUUUUAUCUGACGAAGAAUGUAUUAAGAUGGAAUCGCAUAUAAAGCGUUGUACUUUCUUGAUAAAUUCGUGUUAUAGGACUCAAUCUAGUUUUCCCUGUGUUUCAGCAGCUUCUUAUUGUGAUUCCGUCGUUUUAAAUCCAUAUUCAAAGACAGGCUUAAAUGUCUACGAUAUUAGAGGGCCUUGUGAAGAUAAUAGCAACGAUGGUCUGUGUUACAAUGGUCUUAGAUAUGUGGAACAAUUUAUGAAUAAAAAAUGGGUCCAACGUUUAUUAGGUUCUGAUGUUAGCGAAUACAAAGGUUGUAAUGAUCAAGUAUUUCUGAGAUUUUUCCUGACUGGUGAUGGGGCAAAACCAUUCCAACAGUUUGUUGCUGAGUUAGUAAAUGCAGGUAUUCCAACGUUAGCCUACGCUGGCGAUAAAGAUUAUAUAUGUAAUUGGCUAGGCAAUAAAGCUUGGACAGAUGCCUUAGAAUGGGCUGGUAAAGAGCGUUAUGAUUAUCUUCCAUUGAAACCUUGGUUAAGUACUAGUUCUAAUAAGGAAUUUGGUCAAGUGAAAAGUUAUGGUCCAUUGACAUUCUUAAGAGUGUACGAUGCUGGUCAUAUGGUCCCAUAUGACCAACCAGAGGCAGCUUUAGAGUUGGUCAAUUCUUGGAUUCAUGGAAAUCAAUCCUUUGGCUACAAAGGAUAG